CAUAAGUUUUUUUAUCAGUGCCGUGUAAGAUGAACUUCUUUUCAAAAAUUUUGAAUUUUUUGCAUUACUCAUUGUUAUUAUGAAUAUAAAAUAUCCUAUUACAUUUUAUAUAUAUCGUAUUAAAGAAAUAGCUAAAUAAAAUUAUAAUUUUAAUUUACAAAAAUUCUAACCAUUGUAUUAUAUUAGUUUCUGUAACAUAUAAUAAUGGCAUAUACUCCUGGUUGGAAUGAUCCACCUUCGUAUUCAUUUGAAGAUUCAGUCAGUGCUCAACAAGAAAAUCGUCCAAAAAUAUUUGAUAGAAUUCCUGCACGGGUAAUAGGAAAUUCUGAUGGUCAUAAAAUUUCUAACCAAACAAAUUUAGAAACAAAUGAAUACUCUUCCAAUGUUGUAAAAAAAAUUGAUAAUUCUCAACCAAUUUAUAAUAUUCCUGUUGAACAAAGGUUUUCAUAUGUAAUAACCACAUUAAAUGAUUGUAUCCAAAAGUCAUCAAUUCCAGAUUCUAAAAAGGCAGACAUAAGCAAACGUUUAUCAAGAUUAGAAAUAAGUUGGAAUGACAGUCAGUUUACAGAUAUUGUACAGCAAAAAACAAUAGCCUUGGUCAAAGCAAUUGAAAGUGAAAAUUAUAUAGAAGCAAACAAACUCCAAAUGGCAUUAAUGGUUGACCAUACUCGACAGUGUAAUACUUGGAUACCUGCUAUACGACAAUUAAUUAAUCAACAUGUUUAAUAUGAAAUAUAUUCAAUUAAAAAUAUUAUAUUUAUACAUAAUAAAAGUUAUUUAAGUUAUGAA